UCGCAAUGUGAUGACGUAAACGGAGAGUGACGCCACCGGCACAGAGUAACUCUCUCCACGAGUGGGGCAACUUUCUCUUGAGCAAAUUGCCAUAUCUGCUGCUAUUUAAUUCUUUCGUCCAUGUCAUUUUGCUGUGGUAGAAUAUGAACCGCUGGGGAGUACCGUAAGUCGGGCCACAAUUGCUCUCCUUUAGGGUUUUUUCGAAACCGAGGGGCUGCAAAAUCACACACACUCAGCAGUGACAGACCGCGGGAAAAUGUCGUCGCUUCCUGUGCAGUGAAGUCUUGGCGCGACAUCACAGUUGUAAACAACGGGAGGACACAUAACAAUACGCAAAUAAGAACUCCUUGAGAGCCACAGAGGUACUUGGAAUAAUGGAGAACAUUGAGAUAAAUGAUGCUUCUGGUCUCUUGGUACCUGAUGUCAAUGAAGACUCUGUGGAUAUCUAUGAUGGCCUGGAAAUCAACUCUAGCAGCACUUCUGACAAGUCAUCUGCAAAUGCUUCUCAGCUGAAAGAGUCAAUGGAUCUCUAUGAAGAAAUUGUCACAGAGGAACAGAAGAACAGAGAGUCAGUGUACUCUGAGUUGAAGUCCAGGUUCGAAGCAGCUCAAAACCAAAUUAAAGAGUUGCGCAGGAGACUGGAGCAGAUGGAGUUGCAGAAUACAGGGUUGAACACUGAGAACUGCCGUUUAAAAAAGAACAUCUCUGCACUCUUACGAACAGCUAAAAUGGAGGUGAUGCGAAAAGAUGCUGAGAUUCAGAGACUGAACCAAUUGUCAGAAAAAGGUCGCUAUCAUCGGCCUCACAUUAAUAAUCUACGGGAUCAAAAUUUGUCCAGUCGAACCUCAACAGACAGCUCCAAGAGUAGGCCUCCUCCUCCACCAUCCUCCAGUCCCCCACCUCUGCCCCCAGCAUCCAGUCUUCCCCCUCCUCCUCCUCCUCCUCACCCUCAUCCCCCACCACGCAGAGCUUACCCUCCUCCUGCACCAUCCAGUCCUCCUCCACCUCUUCCCCCUCUACCGGCUUCACCUUCUAGGAAGGAUCAUCCUCCACAGGAACCCUCUCAACCUUCCAGAAAGGAAAGCGAUAAUCUCACCUGUCGGCCCAGUGGGUCUUUUAUUGAGACUGGAUCUUCAAAAGUGUCUUCUCACAGUCAUUCAAAAAGUUCUUCAAGGGCAGAUUGUGAUGUGCCUGAUAAACAGACUGACCAAUCUGCCAGAAAAUCCGGUAGCUGUUCAUCAACCCGACGUAAUGAGUCAGACAAACAAAAGUACAAGCCCAGAGAGGAAAAAUGUCAAAGUCAAAAACUAUCUGACUCAACAGAUAGGAGACAUAGAACUGGUUCAGAUCCCAGCAAGGAUUGUCAUGUUGCUGAGAAAAACAGAUCUCACAAAGCAGACAGAGGCACAGGACAACGAUAUGACUCCAGAUCACGUACAAGCAAAAACUACCUGAAUGCUGAGGGGCACCAUAGAUCAGAGAGGACCAGAAGCCCUCCAUCAGAGAUUUUACAUAGUACAACUUCUUCUGAUGACAAGAAAGGGAGAGGUCGAGAACGGAGACAAGAUAAAUUUAAAAUGUCCACCUCAGACUCCGAACAUAGUAUAGCUUAUAGUGCAGCUCACAGUUCUAAAGACAGUUACAACAGAGAUCAUAAAAAAAUCAAGACCGGUGACCAACAUAUCAGAAUUUCAGACUCAAAAGAUCGGGAAAAAACUUUAAACCAACAUGGCGAGGGCCACCGUGAUUCCUCCAAAGAGUGGAAAGGGGAUAGACUGUCAAAGGAUUGUCAAAGGAAAGAGGAUAGACGACAUGAAGAUGCAAUCAACAGAAAACACAAGAGGAGCUCUUCGUCAGAGACAAGCAGGGAACGUGAGAAGCAGAGAUCAAAAGAAACAGACAAAAGUAAAGUGCUCGUCUGUAAUAAGGAAAGAAAAGAAAAGACACAAGAGGCCUUAAAAAGAUCAUGCAAAGAACCAAACAUCACAGAGAAAAGCUCUGUGGAGGAAAAUAGUCCAAACAGGAAGCUGUGUUUCAUGGAAACUUUGAAUCUAACCCUUUCACCAAUUAAGAGGCCAAUGUUGGCUGUUAAUGCCAGCCAGGAUGAUCCCACACCAGCAGACAAGGUUGUUGAAAAUAGACCAGAUGAUGAUGAGUCUUCACAACCUAAUGUUGAAGACAUGUGUGUUAUCGAUGAAUUGGACUGCAGUGAAGUAGAAGCAGGAUUGGAAGAUGUUGCUGAGCCAUCAAAUAUCCCCAAAACUCCAGGAUUGGAAAAGGUACAGAGGCAUGAUGAUGUGAAUCAUGUCAAAAAAAGAGAGAAAACCAGAAGUGAAACUCCUGCAGCUGACAAGCAACUUGAAGACCAUUCAGUCCAAACUACCUCAGCUUAUAGCCAGUCCCUUGAUACUGCAGAGACAUUUGCUCACCUCAGUGAGAAAUCACCAGAGAGUAGUUCUCUGAAAGCUACAAAUUGGAACAGUUCAAAAAAUUAUGAGGACAAACCCAAGUUGGCCUCAAACAGCCAAGUAAAUGAAUGUGGACCUCAGGAGGCUACAGAUGGUGUUGGUGAUACAUCUGGAAGCACCUCUGAACAACACACAAGCAAUUCUUUACAAAAAGUAGACCUUAUAAACGAUACUGAUCAAUUUGUUGCUGUGCCCGAACCCACUGUGCUCGAUUCAAAUGUCCAACUGAAAGAUGGAACUUCUGAAAAUUUAGUACAGAAAAGCCUCCCUGUGGAUUCAGUCAAAGAAGGCGCAGCUGCUUCACCAUCAAGGGAAAAUCCGGUAGCUGAAGAAGUUCCUGACAAGGCCAAGCCCACUUCACCCACUAUCCUACCUCAGGAGUGUCAGGAAGGACUGUGUCCUCCAGCUUCCAGCUCCAUUAACGAGAAAGAUGCAGAUGCCGUAUCCAGUACAAUAAGCCUGGAAUCACUUCCACAAGAAGGGCUGAGUCUUCCUGAGGCUAUUUACAUUUUAACACGGACAAGUGAAGAUGCCACCGACAGCAGUAACAUUGCAAGUGAGCCAAGUUCUUCUACUGGUUGUAUCGCAGUGUCCAAAGUCAGCAGUACAACGGAGGAGAUGGUACUGCCAAAGAAGUACAAUGACCUCACUUUCACACCAAAGAAGAGCUUCAGUCCUGGGAAGAGCCAUGAGAAUAACUCUGAGCCUUCCAGUUCUGUGCCAUUACUCCACGAUGAGGACUCCAUGAUGCGCACCCUGAGCAAUUUGAAGAGGAUCCCUGAUGCCAUAAGCCCUCUGAGGAGCCCUGUACGGAUAACUAAGAGAAGUUAUCUCCAUGUUCAUGGCAAGCCAGGUCAUGUAAAGAGCCUUGAGAAAGAUUUCUCCGGCACAGUGGUUGAUGGCAGCUCAAAGAAGUUGGAUGUGAACAAAGAAAACAAAUAUCCGGGUUCUACGGCAAAACAUGACACGCAAAACUUGGUAGACAAGGUAUCUGACCUGACUUCAACCCUCUCUGAUAAUGAACUGGAAGAAGGAGAAAUUUUAAGUGAAAGUGAUGAGGCAGCUGCAGGUUCUCCCACUCCUGCAACCAAGAGGGCAAAGCUGGCACCACCAGUCAGAAAUAAACCAAGUCCUAAGACUGUGUUAAAGAGGACAUCUAAAGAGCAGUGUGUUGCAUCAAAAGAAACUAAUGAGAUAGCCGGUGCGUCGACACAAAGUCCAAAGAGUCGUUUUAAAACAGUUUGUCCCGCAGCCACCAAAGCUUCGUUUUCCACCAUAGAGGAAGUAAUGGAAACAUUCAAGUUGGUUCGUUCUGAAAUCCGAAAAAAGUACAUGAAGCUUCAUAAAACCUUUCCCAAGAAGAGCUUCUAUGGUGUGAUGGACAACUUCCGGGAGUCUUUUUUAGAAUUUGUGGAUGGUGCUCAUUUUGGUCAGAUAUCCAAUCAGCAAGGAGAGCUGAAAUCCAAGCUGAAGAAAUUGAUUGCAUCUGUAUUUAGCAAAGUAUCAAAUAAUGGUAUAGUGAAACGCAUAUUUGAACAACAAGCAGUUGAUCUGAAGCAAAAGUUGUGGGAUUUUGUAGAUGUCCAAGUUGACUACUUGUUUAGGGACGUUUACAUAACAAUGAAGAGCCUUUGCAAACCAAUAAGAGCUCAGGCCAAGGACAAUAGGCCCAGUGGGAAAGAGAAGGUUUCUAGACAGCCUCCUGCAAAGAACCCACAAUGUCAUCAAAAGGAAGCACAGUGUGCUCCAACCAACCAAAAUCAAAAUAAACCCGUGGCACCUUACAAGACAGGCCUUGGAAGCAGAGGCAAAGAUAUCAGAAUCACACCUGUGGAAAAAGACAGGAAUGUUGAUCUGCAUCCAACAAAUUGCCUGAAUACACAAACUGUCAACUUACUUCCUGCUGAAAAUAUUCCAUCAACUCCACAGAAAAAUAACAUAUCAUCUUUGGCUGUCUCUCAAAAUGGCUCUUUGCUUGACAAAACUGACUUUGAGCUACUCACAGAACAGCAGGCCUCCAGUUUAACAUUUAAUUUGGUGAGGGACACUCAAAUGGGAGAAAUCUUCAAGUGUCUCCUGCAGGGUUCUGACUUACUAGAAACCAGUGGGGUCACUGGAGACAACACAACUUGGUCCCUUGGUACACCAAGGAAGGAUGGAGAGAGAUUCAUCAGCAUCACCACUCCAACUAAAUUUGACUCUCCAUCUAAGCUGCUUUCUCCAUCAAAAUUUGAUACUCCUUCCAAACUUAUUGCAACAUGGUCUAGCAUUUCACCUCGCAAGAUGUCCUCCCCACGAUCCAAAGGUCAGAUCCCACUUAAUCCAGCGUUAUUUGAUGAAAGUUGCUUGUUAGAAGUGCCAUCAGAGAGUAGAGCAAUGCUACAGUCAAGUUCACAGAGGUCGUAUUCCAUUCUAGCUGAAGAUCUGGCAGUCUCUCUCACCAUUCCAUCACCUCUAAAGUCAGACAGCCAUCUCAGCUUCCUACAGCCAUCAAACAUGCACAUCAUGUCCACUCCAGACAGUGUUAUCAGUGCCCACAUAAGUGAGGACGCUCUGCUGGAUGGGGAAGAUGCUACAGAACAGGACAUUCACCUGGCCCUUGACACUGACAACUCCAGCUGUGGCUCCAGUAGUAGCAUGGCCUCGGAAGUACUUGCCACACCUUUUGUAUUCAAGCCUGACUUGCCCAUGCAGGCACUAGUGAUGGAGAAGUCCAAUGAUCAUUUCAUUGUGAAGAUUCGUCAAACCCCCACAAGUGCAGAUACCACACUCACUGCUGAUGACAGCUUAGGCCAAACGCUAACAGAAGAAGAUCAGCAACGUAGGGAAGAUGGAGUGGCAACUCAAAACAGUCAAGUUUUUUCUGACAAAUCACCAAAGGGUAUUUCCUCAAAUGGUGUACCAUCAGAGAACAACAUGUCUAACCUUCCUGAAUGCCCUGGGGUCGGUCAGGCUGUCACCGGUGCAGAUAUCCAUCUCACUCAAGAUGAGAGUUUAACACUUACAAAAGAUGCAGCUCAGAAAAAUAAGUUAACUCAACAAAACACCUUAAAAGUUUGUUUUCCAGAGGAUUCACAGAAACUGUCAGAGUCUCUGAAAAGCCUUCAUGAAACUACUACUCCUAAUAACAGUUUGCACUUUGGUACUCAAAGCUCUGAUAAAUUCUUUGAGCGGAUCAGCCAGGCAACCACCAGAGAAAGUAUCACAGUCGUUGAUGAUGAGAAUGCAAGUCAAACAUGCUCCGGAAAGGAAGACAUGACAACUCAGCAAAGUCCCUUGACAGCUCUUUUGUUUGAGUCAGAGAACAGUCCACAUCACCCUGCUGAAUGCUCUGAAGGAAAUCAAAGGAGCCCAGAGUUGGAUUCCAAAGUUUUUGAUACAGAAAGAGGUGAAAUGGAGGUGACCGAUUCAGAGAGAAGCUACACCAAUGCAGAAGGGACUGUAACACCAGAGAAAGACCGAAGGGAUUGUGGCAAAGGUAGCAAACGGAAGAAGCACCAUGUGAAAUCAAAAGCCAAGCGGUCCAGAAAGGAGGAAGAGGAGAGUACAGAAGAAGUGGUGCUGGAUUGCAACAACGAUGAUAGCGAAUCCAAAUCGUCACCAUCUUCUGUGUACACCAAUGGUAUCUAUGCCAAGAAUGUCAUCAGGAAGAAGGGAGAGGUGGUGAUGUCAUGGUCCAGAGAUGAAGAUCGAGCUAUUCUAAUUGACCUGAAGUCAAAAGGUGCUUCACGUGAGACUUUUUCUGCCUUGUCAGAGAAACUUAAUAAGCCAUCAGGGCAGAUUGCUCACAGAUUUUACCAACUCAUGAAGCUUUAUAAGAAGCAGGAGAAGAGGGACACUUGAUUGCUCAGACUGUCUGUUUUGUUUUGUGGAAAUAGUUCAUUCACAUGCUGUGGCAUCAACAUAGGUAUGUAGGCUGCUGUUCAUGUGACAUGGUGCAUGAAGCCAUGACCACAGGGUGGUCACAGGGUUGAUCCCCUCAUAGGCUAGUCUCUUUAUGAAGAUCUGGAGCAGUUUAAGUCAGGCUUUGUUUUUCAAAGGAUGGUCAGAACAGUCCAUCAAGGUAUUUGGUUCUGGAUAGUGAACUGUACCUGGCCAUAUUGUUUAAAAAGUAUUCAAAGUGUGAAAAAUAAGACUUCCUCAACACAACUGGCAAGAUAGACUAAUGUGAAUGGUGGAACAUCCAAAAUACAGUUAACGUUAGUGUUGUUGUUUUUGAUGCACUUUCAGGUUUUGGAGUAUCCCCACUGCAGUUACUGCGUGGUGCUGGCUAUUUUCUGGUGUAUUCUUAAUGUCAGUUCUAGGUGCAGCAUCUGCUUUCAGUCUUUGCCCAUCUAAACAUUGAGUCCUAAAUUUGUGUUUUUCUCAAAACAGUGGGGGGGAAAGCUGCUUUUGCACUGGGAUAAUUCCAGGUUCCAGUGCAGUGUGCUCAGAUUCUCCUAAAUUAAGUGACAUUUGCAGUUCCUGAAGUUAGAGGGCGCUCACUGGAAACAACUUGAAACAUCACCCAUAAUUGGGACAUUUUAUUCUAAUUUUGUAUGUGGUAUUUUGGAUCUUGUUUUAAUGAAUAUAUUUGUCUAUAGGAGGAUGGGCUACUACAUAUAUUUGAAGGUUGUUAAAAUGUUUAGAAGUCCAUUUCAUGUAGAGGACAAUACAUUUAUCUGUGUUAAUACAAAUGAAACCUUUUAUCUGUGGGCCUAAAUGGCUUUUUGUUUGACCCAUCCUACUUAUCAACUGCAUGGAAUGCAAUAUUGUGAAUAUUGUGCGGAAUUCUUUACUGAAAAUAAAGUUUUAUUUAUUUAU